CGGCGGAUCGCAGGCCCCGGCGGCGCGGGGCUCGGCUGCCUCCCGCCCCAGCCCCAUGAACCGGCCGGACGGCUCCGCUGCGGCGGCGGCGACGGGAGCGCAGAAUUGUGCUGCUUGAAUUUCCCUGCGCUGCCACGAGAGAAGAAUUGAAAUUCAAAGCACAGAUUCUGCCAGUGCUGCCAGCGAGUUCAUAAAAUUACUCACAUGAAUAUUCCCUCGGCUCAAAGGCAACUGCUUGCAGUCCUUAAACCUGUCUGGGACUACCUGAAGUUAUUGGGAGCCCAAGCGAAUGGCUGACGAAAGCAACAGCAGUGGGAGGAGGAGCUCUUCCAGCAGGGAGCGAAAGGAGAGAUGGCUGUUUGCCUUGGAGAAGAUGACAACUAAAAGACAACGUGACAAAGCUGUGCGUGUUGUUGAACGCUCCGUAGAAGGCAGAUCACAGACUUCUUUCUCCUUUUGCAAGAAAAGGGAAUCAGUCAACAAAAUUAAAAGGGAGUGUUUGAAGAGGAGCCCGCGGAGCCCAAAAGCAGAGGGCUCCGAUUCGGUGACAUCUCAGUCCUCACCCAGUGAAGAGGCUGGAAUGAUGACUGAGGUGAAGGUGAAAACAGAGGUACCGGAUGACUACAUCGAGGAGGUGAUCUGGCAGGAUGACACCAAAGAUUCCAAGAAGAACGUAAAAGAUGGGCCGGGAGAUGUGCCAGCAGAGAUCUGCGUGGUGAUCGGAGGGGUCCGCAACCAGCAGACGCUCGGGUCUUAUGAGUGUGGAAUAUGUGGGAAGAAAUACAAGUAUUACAACUGUUUCCAGACCCAUGUGCGAGCGCAUAGAGACACUGAAGCUGCCUCAGGUGAAGGAGCCUCACAAGGCAACAACUUCAGGUACACGUGUGACAUUUGCGGGAAAAAAUAUAAAUAUUAUAGCUGCUUCCAAGAGCACAGAGACCUGCACGCUGUGGAUGUUUUUAGUGUGGAAGGGGCCCCAGAAAACCGGGCAGACCCCUAUGACCAGGCCGUCAUAGCAGCAGAAGAAGUGAAGGAGGAGGAGCCGGAACCGUUCCAGAAGAUUGGUCCAAAAACUGGCAAUUAUACCUGUGAGUUCUGUGGCAAGCAGUACAAAUACUACACUCCAUAUCAAGAGCACGUGGCACUGCAUGCACCUAUUAAGUUCUCUCGAUCUCCACUCUUCGUGGCAGUGAAGACACAGGGGAGCCAAUCCAGCAAAAAAACACCGACCUCAAUAAACCGAUGUUCCACCCUCCUGCAUCGCACCCCUUCCGGUGUCCCACCGACGUCCCAAUCCCAGAUGUUCCGCGCUCCAAAUUCCGGAUCCCCAGGAAGCAAGGCCAUCACAGCAGAAAGUGCUUUCAGCAGGAGAGUGGAAGGCAAAACGCAGAACAACUUUGAAGAAACAAACAGCAACUCCCAGAACUCCAGCGCUGUUCAUUCGGGAACAGAAAAACCUAAAGAAAAGAGAUGUAAGCAGAACCCAUCAGAGCCUUACACCUGUGGAGCUUGUGGAAUCCAGUUCCAGUUUUAUAACAAUCUCCUGGAGCACAUGCAGUCCCAUGCAGCUGACAACGAGAACAAUAUUGCCUCUAGCCAGCCCAGAUCACCUCUACCUGUUGUUGAAGAGAAGUGGAAACCACAGCUCCAAAGAAAUAACGCUAACAACACCUCUGCGAGCGGCUCCUUAGGGAACAGCGCGAUCCCGGAGAAGGAGCGGCAGAACAUCGCCGAGAGGCUCCUGAGGGUGAUGUGCACGGACCUCGGGGCUCUCAGCGUGGUGAGCGGGAAGGAGUUCAUCAAGCUGGCACAGACCCUGGUGGAUAGCGGAGCUCGCUAUGGUGCCUUCUCAGUCACCGAGAUCCUUGGUAAUUUCAACACACUGGCUCUGAAGCAUUUGCCUCGGAUGUACAACCAAGUGAAGGUGAAAGUCACCUGCGCUCUGGGCAGCAACGCCUGCCUGGGCAUCGGGGUCACUUGUCACUCGCAGAGCAUUGGCCCCGAUUCUUGCUACAUCCUAACAGCUUAUCAGGUGGAAGGCAACCACAUCAAGAGUUACGUCCUGGGAAUUAAGGGCAUAGAUAUUCGAGAUAAUGGUGAUUUUAUCCACCACUGGGUACAGAACGUGCUCUCAGAGUUUGUGAUGUCAGAGAUCAGGACGGUGUACGUCACAGACUGCAAAGUCAAUUCCUCUGCGUUCUCCAAGGCAGGCAUGUGCUUGCGUUGUUCUGCCUGUGCCUUGAACUCAGUAGUGCAGAGCGUGCUGAAUAAGCGAACUCUACAGGCUCGCAAUAUGCACGAGGUGAUCGAGCUCCUGAAUGUCUGUGAAGAUCUGGCAGGAUCCACGGGCCUCUCAAAGGAGACCUUUGGCUCCCUGGAGGAGACUUCUCCCCCGCCCUGCUGGAACUCGGUCACCGACUCCCUCCUACUGGUGCACGAGCGCUACGAGCAGAUCUGCGAGUUUUACAGCAGGGCCAAGAAGAUGAACCUCAUCCAAAACCUGAACAAGCACCUGCUCAGCAACCUGGCGGCUAUUUUGGCGCCGGUGAAGCAGGCUGUGAUUGAGUUGAGCAACGAGAGCCGGCCCACCUUGCAGCUGGUACUGCCCACCUACGUUAAACUGGAGAAACUGUUCACUUCCAAAGCUAACGAUGCUGGCGUGGUCAGCAAACUGUGCCACCUCUUCUUGGAGGCACUGAAGGAGAAUUUCAAGGUUCACUCGGCACACAAGGUAGCCAUGAUCUUAGACCCACAGCAGAAGCUGCGGCCUGUCCCACCGUACCAGCAUGAAGAGAUCAUUGGCAAGGUCUGUGAGUUGAUUAACGAGGUGAAAGAGUCCUGGGCCGAAGAGACAGAGUUUGAACCUUCGACCAAGAAGCCGCGGGCAGCGGGGGAAGCCGCAGCAGCUCAGGAAGAAGAUUGGUUCGGGAAAAAUGAAGUCUACGAUUACUUGCAGGAACCUCUCUUCCAGGCCACUCCUGACCUCUUUCAGUACUGGUCGUGUGUUACCCAAAAGCAUACAAAACUAGCCAAGCUGGCCUUUUGGCUCUUAGCAGUGCCUGCUGUUGGUGCCAGAAGUGAAUGUGUAAAUAUGUGUGAGCAGGCGCUCUUAAUCAAAAGGAGGCGGCUACUCAGUCCAGAAGACAUGAACAAACUCAUGUUUUUGAAGUCCAACAUGCUUUAAGACUGUCUUUUAAUUAAAACAAAACUUUAAAACACUGUUCCAAACAAAGAAAAAAAGAAUUUAAGUUCUAAACACUGUGGACCUCAUUAUGAAUGCCCCUGGAAACCAAGUGCUUUUUUAUAUAUAUAUAAAAAUAUAAAUAUAUAUAAAAUUAAGUUUGAGAGGAAAGCUGAGCACGGGAGAGAGAACAGCCCUCUGCCAGGAACGUGCUCCUUUCCAUAGAUAGUGUGUGGACUUGACAGACUUUCUAAUGUUUUCAAGUGGGCAGACCAAUGGGAGGCUGAUGUUCUAAAGUCUUCAGGCAGCUGAGAUCUAAAGUGACUUGAAGUUUCUUUUGUUUCUCCUCCACCCCACCUUUCCUCUUGUCCCCUAGGCCAUCUUGCCAUGGAUAAUCAGACUACAUUGAACAGAGCAGUUCUGCACUGGACUUUGCUCCUUUGAAUAACUGUACACCUUGAGGGCAUUUGUCUACAGCCUUCUUGACAUACGGUGCACGUUAUCAGGGCAGCUGUGUUUUACAAACACCAAUAUCUUUAGAAAUCAGGAAGGGAGACUUUGAUUUUUUACUGUUAUUAUUCACUUCUUCAUAUAGGGUUUUUCCAAAAAAAAAAAAAAAAAA